AACAACCUUUUUUUUUUGCUCGUUUUUUGCGUUUGGUGCACCUUACAAAAUCGCCAAGAAAAUAUUACAAUACUGGUCGACUACCUCAAACCUCAUCAAUACGAAUGUUAUCAACGGACAAUGAACAAUAUCAAUCGCCUUUGAAACUACAAGGUUGGCUGAAUGUCCACCUUUAUCGUGGUUUGAGUAACACUGAAGAUCGAUCUGUAAAACUUUUAAGAACAGGUGAUACAAAUGAAGCAAUAAAGUUUUGGGAAAGAGUACUUCUUUUCUUUGAAGAGUUGGAUAAGCGUGAAAAUAUUUCAGAUAUAAAUAGAGCUGAAUUGAAACAAUUGAAAGUCAAAUACAAAGAGCAUGAAGAACAGAUCAAUCAAAUAAAAUAG